GCGCCGACGUCAGUUUCGGUACAGAGGACGAUGGUGGACGGACAUGUUAACGCACGGACAAUUUUUUAAGCGACCAACUGUGCAAAUAUUGUUCGUAUCGUAAAUACAUAAACGCGGAUAACCUCCAUCAGUAACGGAUCGCUUUCAUAUUCAGACAUUGGAGUUGAAUAUACCGGAAAUUAAAGAAUCGCAGAGGUCCUUUCUCUGCUUCCUGUCGUCCUUUGUUUUGUUCUACGUGAAUCAGACGACCCGCAGCGCCCCCUGGUGGUGGACACAGGAACGACCGGACUACACCAUAGGGAGCCCCGCCGGUGACCGAGCUGGUCGCCCCCCCGCAGCCCUGGUCGGUCCCGUUCACCCCGCCGUCCGAUGCGGAGCGAGGAUGGGUCCUGCUCACGAGGCGCUGCUGAAGGCAGAAGUGAAGGGGGUGAUGCUGGAGCCCUUCGUGCACCAGGUUGCCGGACACUCUUGCAUCAUGCGCUUCGGGGAGCAGGCCAUCUGCAAGCCGCUCAUCCCCCGGGAGCACCAGUUCUACAAGAGCCUGCCUCCGGAGAUCAGGAAGUUCACUCCUCAGUAUAAAGGCGUGGUGUCGGUGCGGUUCGAGGAGACGGAGGAGGGUAAGCUGUGUCUGAUGGCGUACCCGUCCCCGGGGGACCCCUCCCCGCCGGCCCCCCGGGAGGAGCGGCUCUCGGCGGAGCCCAAGGCCCUGAAGAGGAGCGGGGAGCCGCCGCUGGGGGAGACGGAGAGCUACAGCAAGGAGCAGAGAGCGCGGGCGCUGCGCAAGGACGACGCGCUCGUGAGGGAGGAGGUCCAGCAGGCCGAGGUCCUCUUCCUCAGCCAGGAGAAGACCAAGCACAACCCCUGGAGACUCAAGUGUCACCAGCAGCUGCUGCAGAAGCUGAGGGACACGGCCAAGCUCCGCAACCAGCACAAAUUCAUCCUGCUCGAGAACCUGACGUGGCGCUACUCGGUACCGUGCGUGCUGGACCUGAAGAUGGGCACGCGGCAGCACGGCGACGACGCCUCCGAGGAGAAGAAGGCGAACCACACCAGGAAGUGCCAGCAGAGCACGUCGGCCUCCAUAGGGGUCCGCCUCUGUGGCAUGCAGGUGUACCACCCGGACUCGGGCCAGCUCAUCUUCAUGAACAAGUACCACGGCCGCAAGCUGACGCUGCCGGGCUUCAAGCAGGCGCUGUACCAGUUCUUCCACAACGGGCGGCGGCUGCGCCAGGAGCUGCUCUCCCCGGUGCUGCGCCGGCUGCGGGACAUGCAGGCCACGCUGGAGGCCUGCGAGUCCUACCGCUUCUUCUCCAGCUCGCUGCUCAUCAACUACGACGGCGACCCCCAGCGGGGUCACACCCGGCCCCGGCCCCGGCCCCGCGGCGGCGAGGAGGGCGAGGACGACGAGCCCUCCGACGAGGAGGAGUACGACGGGGAGGACGAGGCCUUCGGGUUCCCCCCGUCUCCCUCGGCGGGCGGCGCUGGGGCGAAGGGCGGCGCCGGGCGCUCGGCCCGCGGCGCCCCGGAGGCGGGGGGGUCCCCGGUGGACGUGCACAUGAUCGACUUUGCGCACACCACGUGCCGGCACUACGGCGAGGACAGCGUGCUGCACGAGGGCGGCGACAAGGGCUUCAUCUUCGGCCUGCAGAACCUCAUCACCCUCAUCUCCCGGCUGCAGGAGCACGGCGCCGACUAGACCGCCGGCCGCAGAGUCUGUUCUGCUCGGAGAUUCAAUGACUCCUCUCUUGAGUGGUGCUGAGAGGCACCCGGGGAAGAGCCAGACCCCCUCCUCCACAGGGGGAGGGGAACCCCGCCCGUGGGGUCCGGUCUGGGGUAGUGCGGGGGUCUUCUCGUGGUUCCCACUGCGGAGCCACCCUUGUCGCCCUCCUCGCCACCAGCGGGAGUAGGACGCGUGGCGAUGACUCCCUCCCCCAGGCCUCGGAGGAAGCCGCUCCUCUUAGUGGUCAGAGGCUGGACCACCCCAGGGGGGCGACCCCUGCUGACGGAGGGGUGUUGCUCUGUAGCGACCUCGUACGUCUCCGUCACACCGCUCCUUCUGUUACCAACUCGUUUAUUUACUUUAUUACUUUAUCCUCGUGAAGGACGAGAGGGAAACAUCGUGUGGCGCUUUUGUAGCUCUUCUUUGAGCCUCUGUCGGUGCUUCCUGUGGAGAGACUGAGACUUGUCAGACUGCCGUCGGUGUAAAGCACAGCUCACACUAGUGAGGGCCUGAACUACACUCGGACCCGGGCCGCUGGUCCCGGCUCACUGGCUCACCGGCUCCCGGGCCGCGACCUCGUAGUACCGAGGACGUUAUCACCGUGUCCUCAACCCGAGACCGCUGGGUCGCUAGCUCGUUGGAAGCUGAAUCCGCUACAUUGAAUAUUUGUUAGUUUGUUAUUUUGCUGUUUGUCGGAAGGACAUUUCUUGUUGUCGUAGAUGAGGGAAUGUAGCGUUUUUGUAAUGUCCAACAUUUCACUCCCCUCUACUUUAUUGCCUGUAUUUUCAAAGGGCAUUUUAAGCGAAUCCUGUUCUUGCUUUGUGGAUUAAUUAGUUGAUUUCUCUCUGAUGUACUUCUCUUCAUUCCUUAAAUGGGCAAUAAGGAAGACAGUGCAUGUAUCAGAACCAUAUAUAAGGACUAUGUAGAGACUUAUUUAUUGGUGCUAUUUGUAAACAAAAAGACGUAUAGCUAGAAAUGAAAAAUACUACAUUCCAGAAAACUGUUCUGAGAUUCUGUUCUGAUUGGGAUUUGACUUUACUUAGUGUUUUUGUGCGAUUGCAAGCACCUCUUGUAAACUUGUGUCUACAGUGUCUGGAAAAUAAACCUUUUUUGUGAUAAAGACUUUGAUUGCGUUAAUGUUUACUUUCAGAAUGAGCGGGCGAUGGGGCUCAGAGGAAAAAUUGCAUGAUCCGUGCGCUCCAAUCGACGGAGUGAGAGCUAGACGUCUGGCACCACCGGGAGAUCAGACAGCGCUCUGCCCCCGUCUCCUCCCGCCCUCUUGAUAGGACGGUGGUCUCCUCCCGGCCUCCUGAUAGGACGGGGUUUGGAACCUUCAGGUCACCGUCGGGCGGCUCUGAAGGCUAGUUCCGACUCCUGAGAGAUCGGAGUGAUCUGGGACGGAAGUCAACCUGAGCUGUGUGCGGUUUCCUGUGGGAUUGAAAUUCGAUUAAUGCGGGCCAGUCCCCUCAGCUCUUUAUUGAGCUCUACGUUGCAUGCAUUAGGAAUGCUAUGUAUGUAAACUGGUGAAUCUAUAUAUAGAAGAACAAAAUGCAGGAGAGAGGCUUUGAAGCGAGGCGCCUUUUGUCCUGACGGAGAAUUUCGAGGUCAUAGGUCAGAUGCCCUCGAGUGCUGUGUUGACUUCAAAGAAAUCCCUGUACCGCAACACCUGUCAACACAUGGGUGGUUUGUACCUGGCAGUUCGGUGUACUGUGGCAGGAGUUGGGUUAGAGAGUGCAAAAGAGUUGGUGUGCUUACAAGAGGCUCAUCUGAGGUGACCGGCACCUACUGUGUUUGUUAUUAUUGUUUCUUCAGAGCAGUGAACCAACUUUAAACCUGGGACCAUGUGACCGUGUCUAAGGGAACUCCUGCCAUGUGUACCUUCUGGUUGUGGACCUCACGUCGAAGUCUUUAAUCCUUGAAGCCCGGAGGAGGCCUUGGAGGGGAGGGAGAUCGGCGAUGUCGUCGUUUGGUAGCAAACUACACCACAAACGGAUCUGAAGGGCUUAUCUGGAGGAAAGCCUGCCGCUCUGACGCAUGUUGAGGCAGAUCUGACGCCCUCUCCAGGACUCUGGGAUCCGCUUGAAAGAGUUAAUCACAGUUCAUCCUCAGUGGUGUCCCAGCCAGCUCGCCGAGAAGCCACUGAAACCGUUUUUGCACUUAAAAAGCAGGAUUCCAAUGAAGCCACCGACUGGUACCAGGCAUGCUGUUCCUCCAGUGGCAGCUUGAGGAAACCGAGUCAGACAUUUUUUUUGGAUGUGGAAAUACUGUUGACGUCUCCUCCAGUUGCUGGUCUCGUCAUAGGAGGGCAGAAUAUCCUGUCGGGUUUAUAAACACGAGUAUGAAGUGUGUGUAGAACUGACGUGUACACAAAGCUGCUGUGAGAGACAUUUAGGAUAUUUUUGAAUAUUACUACUGUUAUACUUCCAGCUUUCCCCCCGUUUCGACCGUGCACCCUCCAGCAUGGUGAGAGCCGAUACCUCUGUCACUCAGGGGUUCGUUCGCACGUUCCCGUCGGCUUAGGGCUCUCAUAAGGAUGUCUCGCCUAUCGUUAGCAUUUGAUUUAUAACGUCUCCUGACGACAUCUAGCUUAGACGUUGUCCAUACCUAAUUAGG